GUAAACUACCCCCAGUUGGAAAUUCUCUGAAUUCACAAAAUAAUAAAAAGGCUGUUUCCAAUAAGUUUUCUGUUGAAAGAGGGAGAAAAGAAUUUAUUUUGAAGACUUCACUCGUAUAUGUCAUGCAGAUUUUUAUUGUAUGGGAAGUAUAUGCCAUUGUGAUACUUGUUGAAAAACUUAGGGAUUGGUUGAAGGCGUCUUUUUGGUUUUCCUGGCUUUGUGG